CAAAAAACGGCUCUCAUAUUGCUCAAAGUAAGAGACUGCAUUAGCAUUGUUGUGUUGGGUUCAGUGGACUGGUCAAACACAAUUUCGCGUCGAUCUGUUUUUACAGCAACGGAGCCGCUCUUCCGAAGUGAAGGUAAUCUUAAAAAGGCUGAAGAAUCUGCAAAGAACGUGUCAUUGACGAGACUUGUUCUUCUCAACAUAACUUCUACUUCUAUGUGAGGAACUAAAUAAUUGCACCAUCAUGACAUCUAUCGCCCCAUUGUGCGAACCUCCGCGGACAGGCGGCGAUCGAUCCAACACCAGUACGUCUGCAAUUUUGACAGCAAGUCAAAUUGCAAUGAUGGAAACUACUUCCCCUUCUUCCGCUAGCAGAAGCCCGGCAAGCAGUGGACAAGGCAGUCCUACUCGAUCCGGGCAGCACUCUGGCACAUCAACUGGUGGUGCAGCGUUUCCCUCCUCAUCUUCUAGCGCAGGUGCCACAGCUUCGAGAGGUGUCUCAGCUGUGUUAUCCGAUGCCUCAUCGACUAUUUUCGGAUCCACCUUCUUCAACAAUGCUGCAGGACGAGCGGCGGAUGAGCAGUGGCAAGCGGAUGUCGCACGUGUCCGACGACGAGUGCAGCAGCUGCAGUUAAAAGCAUCUAGACCGGGAAGCGCGCGAGGCAAUAACUAUAGGGAAGUGCGCGUCAUACUGAAAGAACUUGGCCUUCUUGACACUUUUCUGCAAAGAAUGAUCGUGUCUCAAACCCUGAGCCGGGGGAAGCUGCUGCAGAGGACAGAUGUGUUAGCGAAGCUAACAGCGGAUGUGAAAGCACUGGAGAAGAUCAUCGUACUAGUUCAACUUCUGAUAUUCACUUCCAAUUUCGUCGAUUCUUCUUCUUCUAUUGUUAUUCUCAACAAACCAUAACGACCAUCUAAAUGUAUAUCAUUAUCUAUCAUCAUCGCCCCGACAACAUCUACAACUAGGUCGGCGACGGCGGUGCUGUGGUGCCCUCUGCCGAUAAUGCAGUCGAAACCUAUGCUUCUGGGACGACUGAACUUCAGAGUGGAACUGACUUUCCAACCACACGACGUGGGGAAAUGCAGAGACAACAAGGUUUGGUCGACGAGCAGGAAGAAACUCUAGAUCGCUUAGCGGCGACACUGGGAUCGUUAAAUUAUGGCUAAGAGAAGUAACGCUCGUCGACAACACUCGAUCUCUCCUAUCAUCAUCCAGCAUGUUACUCUCCAUUCAACUCGCUGUAGUGUAUUAACACUCGUCGACAACACUCGAUCUCUCCUAUCAUCAUCCAGCAUGUUGCUUUCCAUGCAACUUGAUAAGUGAACAGGCCAACGCCUAAACCACUAGCAGUUGGCUUAGUGGUUUAGGCGUUGGCCUGUUCACUUAUCCCAACUCGCUGUAGUGUGCCACUACGACUACGACCUCCAAAAAGAAGUGAAUCAUGUCAGCCUCGCACCAGGAGGAACUAUUUUUGCACACCAGCAGGCUCUAAUCUCUGCAAAUAGGCCAAGACAUCAACAUCGAGAUCAACUAUCACAACACCCUACUCGAGGAGCUGGGAGAGGCAGUUGAUGGCACACAUACGCGAAUGCAUUCGACACAGAUUAUGACUGAUGCAGCUAGUUGUAGAUGACACUUUUUUCGUCUUCAACAUUGAUUUCAAUUACGAAUUAGAUCCACGAUAGUAAAUGGGGAAGAUCGGCAGGAAAAAACUCUUAAUUUGAAGGAAAACAAAAAGUUUCGGUUCUUCACCAAUCACCUCCUCUAACCCAAGGCGGCUCCGCGAUAUCAGAAGAAGCAAGUCAUCAAAGUGCAUCCUGUGUUACAUAUUCACUCUGAUUAUCCUCAUAAUCAUCGUGCUGAUGAAUUGGUGAGAAAUAGUUCCUUGUGCAGCUGCCUCCAGUGGUCUUCUGUUCGUAGUUACUCUUGCAGAGGCACAAUUAAACGUCGACAUUCCUUGGUCACGAGUAAAUGACAAUGAUGUUGUUGGGAUUCAAGAUCAUCAAAAUAUAAUGAAGACCAAAUAUGCUACUUACGUACAAGUGAGCACCCUUUUAAACAACGCCCAUCGGCCUGUGCGCCACCUUUGCUAAACACGAUGAAUGUUGGCACCAGGAGUAGA